GGCUAUUUUACGAUUUCAAAUAUGUCGUUUUAGCAUACUAGGAUAUUGUUUGUUCGACAAAAUUUCUAUCAAUAUUUUCGCCGUUUUUAACGUAACCCAACAGAUUAGUGUCGAGUGGUAAUUUUAAACAAACGGAACAUAAAAACAUCUGAUCACCACAUCUUUCCGAGUGAACAUGAACGCACCACGAUCGUCUAAGGUGAAGCUGCUUGGACUAGCCAUCCACAGCUAACUUGAGGUUGUGGCCAUGCCGGGGAAGUGCAAGUUCCAAGAGUCCUGGCUCUCCAAGGACAUCUACAAAGAGUGGCUGCUUAAGGACGCCCAGGACAUUCACUCCGCCCGAUGCAAGGCCUGUUGUAAAUCCAUUAAACUUCAGACCAUGGGCGAGGCUGCCCUCACCAGCCACGCAGGAGGAUCUGGCCACAAAGCGGCGGUGCGCAAGCUUGUAGAAGCAGGAAACUUGAGGAUGAUAAGUGUUGCUGGGCAGAUGAAUGGCAGCUUGAGUAUGUGUCACCCUCAGGUUGAAGACAGCAAGGAGCACAUGACCAUCUCCCUGCAGCAUCACGACUUGGACAGGGUAGCAGGGAAUGACUGGUCGGAUCUACACCACAGCCCCACGUCAAAGUCCAGAAGCUCCCAGAAUGCCGAGCUGCAGGAUGUAUCCUUUCCUGCCGCUUAUUUCACCGCAGCAGGCACCUCCAGCAUCCUCAGCCAGCGUCUGGUCCCAUUAGGGGGCAGCAGGUCACAAGAUGCGGAGCGUGAUCCAAUGGAGAACCAGCAGAGGGCAGAAGUUCUGGAGCAGCAGCAGCAGAUGAGGCUGCUGGAGUGGGAGAGCAGGAUGAAGGUGCUGGCGUGGGAGCAGGAGCUGGUCAGGGAGAAUACACGAGCAGCUCGCCAGAAGCAGAAAGCCUUCAGGAUGAAGAAGAACUACUACAAGGCCAAGCUGAAGAGGAUGGGAGAAGAUGUGGUGCCGUCUUCGUCAGGAAGCAGUGAUGAUGACGAGGAGAGGUCCUGAUCCAGCGGGAUGAGAGCCUAAUUGGGAUUCUUAGCCAUUUUCGCCGUAGUCCGACAUGCCACUGAACUAUUUUUUAUACAUGGGCUUGGACUUAAAUGCCUGUUUAUUCUGCUAAAUAGCUUUCACAUUAGUAGAAGCUACUUGAAUGUUUUGGCCAAUUGGCCCUACCACUUGCACUAAUGUCAUUGAACUACACAGAGAGGAUAACACAUGCUGUACAUACGUAUAUGUAUAUUUAUAGUGUGUGUGUAUAUAAUUAUAUACACAUAUAAAAUUCACACUUUUGUCUCGUCAAACCACGGAGUAUUUUCCCAAAGGUCUUGGGGAUCAUCAAAAUGUUUUCAUGCAGUGGCUUUCUCAUGAUGGAGUCAAACACUGACCUUAAAUGAGGCCUGUAGUUCUUUGGAUGCUGUUGUGGGGUCUUUUGUGACCUCUUGGCUAAGUCGCUGCUGUGCUCUUGUGGUAAUUUUUGGUUGGUCAGCCACUCCUGGGACAGUUCACACUGUUCCAUGUUUUCAAAUGCUUUUCUUGAAAUGUUUGCAGCAUUUCAAGUAAUGCUACAAAUGCUAGACAGCUAAUUUGCUAAUUUGUAGGGGGUAACCAUUUCAAAAACACAAUUACAUUGUUUUGUAACGCGGUUAAAUAAAAAGCAGUGUUUCAAGAAAUGCUUUUCUUGAAAGGUUUGCAGCUUUUCAAGAAAUGCUGCAAAUGCUAGACAGUACGAAUUGCCUGUGAGACAAAAGGCAUUCCACAACUUUAGAGUGAAAGAUUGUAUAUGACGGGAAAUUUUGCAUUAUUAUGAGAUUUAUUACUAUACAUUAUCAAAAGAUUUGUGGUUUAUUUGGUCUAAAAAUGUUGACAAUAACAUCCUUUAGCAUUAAUUUGUAGAGGGGAAAACAUUUCAAAACGCAACUAUAUUGUUUUGUAACGUGGUUAAAUAAAAAGCAGCAUUUCAAGAAAUGCUGCAAAUGCUAGACAGUACGAAUUGCCUGUGAGACAAAAGGCAAUUCCACAACUUUACAGAGUGAAAGAUGGCAUAUUACGGGAAAUAUUGCAUUAUUAUGAGAUUUAUUACUAUACUACAUUAGCAAAGAAUUUGUGGUUUAUUUGGUCUAAAAAUGUUGACAAUAACAACCUUUAGCAUUAAUUUGUAGGGGGGAAAACAUUUCAAAACACAACUACAUUGUUUUGUGAGGUGGUUAAAUAAAAAACAGCGUUUCAAGAAAUGCUUUUCUUGAAAGGUUUGCAGCAUUUCAAGAAAUGCUGCUGAUCUUUACAAGGUUUUAGAUUUGCAUUUCUCCAUGGACAAUCAAAACAUUACAGGUUUUAUGUGUAUAACCAUAACUUUGAAUGUGUAUGUGUCGAAAAAAAUGUACCUCAUUGUAAAGUGAAUAAAAAAUACCUUUUAUC